AUGGGCGACCUCUCCGAGCAACAGAUUGAGCCUCUCGCUGCAGCUGAAAAUAGCGAAGACCUCUGGAGCCCACCCAGUCCUGCCACCACAUCCGCAACGCCGGUACCGGCUAGCGAGCCAAAGAAGAAGAAGGGCAAGCUGGGCAUCUUCUCAAGGUGCAAGCCUGACGAGGUUGAUGAGAGUGCAAAGACCGCCACCGUUCCGAAAACAGUGGCCGAGAGUUCCAGGUCUGGAGCUACUGCAGCUCCUGUCGAGGAGGCAGUCACGCCUGAUGAGACAGCAGAUGACGCAGCAUCCGCAACUGCAUCACGGAGGUUGUCGGUGAAUCUCAACGACGUCAAUCAUGCAGGCGCCUCGUCUUUUGCUCCACUACCAAGAGAAGGAGUGGCACCCAGCGCAGACCCGGACUUUUCUGUACCGACGCUCAACAUCGCACCGGCAACUCCUCGAGUGCACUAUAACGCGGAAUUGGUAAACGGCGACUUAAUCCGGGCACUAUAUACGAAUCGCUCUGAUAGUCGUAGAGCCCGCGGAUCGAGGACAGGGGACAACGAACCCAAGUACCCUCUCAAGAUAUCCGAGGAGCCCGGUGAUUACCCACACAUCAACGGUCCGCGCAAUGUGAAGUGCUUUGGUCGGUUGCCGUACGUGACCCACCGCAUCUAUAUACCCCUUGCCAGACAUUGGGUCAGCCACCGACCCAUCGCAAGAUACGCGGGAGACCCGCUUUUCAAGCUCAGCAAGGCAUGUCCGUACAUACUUGUACCUCAGGUACUGGCUGCUCGACUCCAGCUCAUAGUCGAAACGCCUUUCAUAAUACCAGAUGAGGUCAAAGAGUUGGCAGCUGAGAGAGGGCUUGAUGUUGCCUCGCUGGAAGGCUACGAUAUCGCGUUGUUGACCAUCCUGGGCGUCAAAAUCGAGGGCAAAAAGGAACCUGACUAUGAGGACCAUCGAUUGGCGCUGUACUUCCUUCGACGCCACGGGAUUGCACAUCUUCGUUAUUGCAACAUACUGGAAUUUAUCGAGCACAUCAAGAGGUGGCGCCAAAUACCGAACCCUGCACACCUCCUUGAACUCGGCAUUUCCGGACAAGGGGGAGGAUGUAUCACUUGGACAUACAUUGUCCAGCGUAUGAAAGAUCUCGAUAUCGAUCCCGCAAAACUGGACAUGGAAUUUUAUCAAGGCCUCAUUGAAGUCAAAACAUACAGGGAUCUGACCGCCAGAUUAUUGAAGCUCAAGGAGAUGGCCGAGGAUGGCACGCUCGACGAACGCUUCCAGAAGUGGGACAAGGUCCGCGACAAGAGACUCUACGACUGGCAAACGACCAUCAUGGCCGAGAAGAAGAACGACCCGGGAAUGAACAACAGACGCUUCUCGCACCGUCACCCUAUGGGUAUUGCUAUGGAUGACCCACGAGCCGACCCCUCGCUGCAGGCAUUCCUGGAAGCCAAAAAAGCCGAGGCGGCCUUCGAGGCUGCGCAAGCAGCUGCUGAAGCUGCAGUCCCCGAUUCUCCUUUGCUUCCGCCGUCCGACGAGGAACAGCUCCAGGCGCAAAAGCAGGCGAAGAAGAAGUGGUACGUGACGUGCUGGGCAGCGCCACUCAAAGCGAUGAAGGGCUGGGGCUGGUCGUACAUUGUCUACUCGCUCCUUGUGCUUCUGCCGCUCAUUGGUGGGUUUACGUGGGCGAGUAUGGGGGGUGGAGAAAAUGACAAGUUCACGGAUCAUCACUCCUGA